CACGAACUCAAAGCGACGCAAGAAAAACAAAAAAUGGAAAAUGGUAGCAGGAACGUGUUGAAGCCUAUGGACGCUGAGCAACUAAGAGAGUACGGACAUCGAAUGGUGGAUUUCGUUGCCGAUUAUUACAAAACCAUCGAAUCAUUCCCUGUCCGUAGCCAAGUUCAGGUCACUGUCGUUUCUCUGUUAACAUCAGUUUGAUGCGUGUGUGUGUGAGUUUAAUCUGUUCGAUGUUGUGUACAACUCGGAUUGUGAGAGUUAGGCUUGAGAAACUUUCAUACUUUCUGAACAAGUUUGAAGCUCUCUGGUUUAUGCACAAUCUUGAUAUAUUACUUUUCUCUCUGAUACAGCCUGGUUAUCUUCAUAACCUUUUGCCUGAUUCAGCACCAGACCACCCUGAUACGCUGGAACAAGUUCUUGAGGAUGUUAAAACGAAGAUAUUGCCUGGAGUAACGCACUGGCAGAGCCCAAGUUUCUUUGCUUUUUACCCUUCUAACAGCAGCGUUGCUGGGUUCUUGGGUGAUAUAUUGAGUACGGGUCUUGGAAUUGUUGGUUUUAGUUGGAUAACUUCUCCUGCUGCCACUGAGCUCGAAAUAAUCGUUCUUGAUUGGCUUGCAAAACUUCUCAACCUACCGGAGCAGUUUUUAUCCGAAGGAAAUGGAGGUGGAGUUAUCCAAGGGUCAGCUAGUGAAUCGGUUCAUGUUGCUAUGACUGCCGCACGCGAUAAGGUCUUAAGAAGGGUUGGUAAGAACGCGCUUGGGAAGCUCGUUGUGUACUCCUCUGACCAGACACAUUCAUCUUUACAGAAAGCUUGUCAGAUAGCCGGAAUCCAUCCGGAGAAUUGUAGGGUGCUGAAAGCAGAUUCCUCUACAAAUUAUACUCUGCGUCCAGAAUUGCUUCAAGAAGCCGUUUCUCGGGAUCUUGAAGCUGGAUUGAUUCCAUUCUUCUUAGGUGCUAAUGUUGGAACCACUUCUUCAGGCGCAGUUGAUCCAUUAGCUUCACUAGGAAAGAUCGCAAACAGAAAUGAGAUGUGGUUUCACGUGGACGCAGCGUACGCUGGAAGUGCAUGUAUAUGUCCAGAGUAUAGACAGUACAUUGACGGAGUUGAAACUGCAGACUCUUUUAACAUGAAUGCUCACAAAUGGCUCCUCACCAAUUUUGAUUGUUCCCUACUUUGGGUGAAGGAUCAGUCUACUCUCACUGAAGCGUUUUCAACAAAUCCAGAGUAUCUACAAAACAAGGCCUCUCAAGCAAACUUGGUUGUUGAUUACAAAGAUUGGCAAAUCGCUCUCUCACGAAGAUUCAGAUCAUUGAAACUAUGGAUGGUUUUAAGACUCUAUGGAGCUGAGACCUUGAAGAACUAUAUAAGAAACCAUAUUAAACUGGCUACAGUUUUCGAACAACUCGUCUCUCAAGAUCCUAACUUUGAGGUUAUCACUCCUCGGAUCUUUUCUCUUGUCUGCUUCCGUAUGGUUCCUGUCGAUAAUGAUGAAAAGAAGUGUAAUGAUCGAAACCGGGAGCUUCUAGAGGCAGUGAACUCUUCAGGGAAACUCUUUAUUAUUCACACUGUAAGUACUAACAACUCUCUCUCUCUCUCUUUCUUUUGUUCUUCUUUCAUCUUAGUAGGAAAUGUUCUCAUAUAUAUAUAUCGAUUUGCGUCGGAAACAGGCUCUCUCGGGGAAAAUCUUUUUACGUUUUUCCAUAGGAGCGCCAUUGACAGAGGAGAAGCACAUAAAAGAGGCAUGGAAGGUUAUCCAGGAGGAGGCAUCAAACUUGCUUCGCAAGUAAAUACGAUGAAAAAGUAUGAUAUAAUGAAUAAAAAUAAAAUAAGCUUACCAAUUUGGUUUGGUUUUGUUGUGGUUAACUAUGUGUAACCAAUGACAAGAAGCAUCCUGUAAGCAUAUAUAAAAAUAAUCUAUUAAAGUUUUUUUUAUCAGACAUUUUAGUAUUGAAACUCAAACAUGUAAAUCUGUUUGUGCUACUCUUCUAAAAGUACGUUUUAUUCAGUCGUCUAAUCGUUGCAUAGACAGUAGGCUUAACCAAAUCAAACUGUCUAAAUGUUUUUGUACUAUUAUAAUAAAUAUUAGGGUUAAUAAGUACUAUAGUUAGUCUCUUUGUGAGUGAUCUCCUCCACGUGAUUGUUAACCAUCUUCAUCCUCUGUUUUUUAAGUAAACAAUCAUACUAAGUUAAAACCAGAAGACAGGAAAGACU